AUGGGCUCGCCGAUUUCGGGAUUCAUCGUCGAGGCGGUGCUACAGCGGUUGGAGUCGCUGGUCUUCCAACACCACAGACCGAAAUUCUGGGCUCGGUAUGUGGACGAUACCUUCGUCGUCAUCGAACGGGAUCAGGUGCUAACGUUCAAAGAACGUCUCAACAGCGUCUUCCCGGACAUACAAUUCACGAUGGAGGAGGAAGAGAAUAACCAGCUGGCAUUCCUUGAUGUCCUCGUCUGUCGCAAAGAUUGUGGUGGCCUAAAGACCAAAGUGUUCAGAAAAGCAACGAACACGACGCAAAUUCUGAACUUCAACAGUAACCACCCAAUCUGCCACAAACGCAGUUGCGUAAGAACGCUAUUUCGGCGUGUUGAAACGCAUUGCAGUGAACUGGAAGACAAGGUUGCCGAAUCCCAAUAUCUUCGACGGGUUUUCCGAGAAAACGGUUACCCGCGCAACUUCGUCAACCAGUGCUUGCGCAAACGAGACGAGCGACAAAAUCGCGCCGACCCCAAAUUCUGGCGAGCGAUCCCGUACAUCAAGAACGUCUCCGAAGCCGUUAGCCGCCUUCUUGCACCACUUGGGGUUGGAGUUGCGCACAGACCGGAGGCCACCAUGAGGCGUCAAGUGAUGAGACCGAAAGACCCACUGCCACGGCAAGAAACAUCUGGAGUCGUUUACCGGAUCUGGUGCAGUUGCGGACAAAGCAACUACGUCGGAGAAACUGGAAGACUGCUCCGGACGCGAAUUGCCGAACACGUGGCAGCUGUACGGAGAAAUGACGCCAACUCUCAGGUUGCGGCCCAUUCGACGAGACCCGGCCACACAUUCAAGUUCGAUGAGGCCGAAAUUCUCGCGAGAGGGGAUAAUCGCGUGAGCCGCGAGUUGCUUGAGUCAUGGUUCACGGGAUCUCAGUCUAUCAACAAGUGCAAUGACAUCCCCACUCCAUAUUCAGUCCUGAGGCAUAGACUGGCCAAAGCAAUUGACCACUCGAGGAGCGCGCAAGCACGUGAGCCAGAUGGCCGAGCAAUCAUCACGCCAGCAUCCAACACGGGUGAUGAGAUGUCAGCAAUUAACAACUUGCAUGCCGGCCAUCAAGCAAUUAGCGCACCUGCGGGCAACAAUCCUCGAUGA